UUAAAAUCCCACCGCCGGGCUCUCGCGCACCAGCAGAUGGCGGCUUCCCACUCGUGCGCAAGACGUGCAGAACAGAGCACGAGAGGAGAGCAGGUGGAGCGCGAGCAGGACGGACUUGAAGUGAAGCAACAGACUGGAUGACUUUUUACCUCACUGACGGACAAAAGGAGGAAGACAGGGCUAUAUUGAAAAACAAACACAUGGUGGGUUGAAGAGAAGAAAACAAAACAAUCCGAAACCUUAAGAAGUUCAUCUACUCGGAGUCUUCUGAUAUCUGUGGAAGAACACAACUGUCUCUACAAGAGGUGGUGACCUCUCAUCAUGCAGCACUACGGGGUGAACGGCUACUCUCUGCACGCCAUGAACUCCCUGAGCGCCAUGUACAACCUGCACCAGCAGGCCGCGCAACAGGCGCAGCACGCGCCCGACUACCGGCCCUCCGUGCACGCGCUCACCCUGGCCGAAAGACUUGCUGACAUCAUCCUGGAGGCUCGUUACGGCUCUCAGCACCGCAAACAACGCCGCAGCCGCACCGCCUUCACCGCACAGCAGCUGGAGGCGCUCGAGAAAACUUUCCAGAAGACUCACUACCCGGAUGUGGUGAUGAGAGAGCGGCUGGCCAUGUGCACCAACCUGCCAGAGGCCCGCGUGCAGGUUUGGUUCAAAAACCGCAGAGCAAAGUUUCGUAAGAAGCAGCGCAGCCUGCAGAAGGAGCAGCUCCAGAAGCAGAAGGAGGCAUCAGGGGAAGGAGGAGGAAGCGAGAAGGAGGACGCACCUGCUUCCACAACUGUACUCCCUGAAACCCAGCUCCCUCCUUCUUCCUCUUCCUCUUCCUCCUCCUCUUCUCUGGAGAUAGAGGGUCCUGCAGUCCAUCCUGUACCUCUGGACAUGGAGCUGAACGUCACGUCGGCUGAACACUCUGGCAGCGAGUCUGCGACAGAGGAUAAUACCACGGAUAAGGAAGAUGAGAGUAAAUGUCAGAGAGAGGAGAUGAAAUGUGAGAGGGCGGUGACACCUGGGGAUGUCUCUCCUGUUUGCAAAAGACUAAGUCCUAAACCAGACUCCCCGCUGGUCUCCCCUUCAGUGACCCCCUCCUCCUCCUCCUCCAGCGGCGGCCUGACCAGCAGUGCUCCUCUCCCUCAGAGCCACUCGUACUCCUCCUCCCCCCUCAGCCUGUUCCGUCUGCAGGAGCAGUUCCGUCAGCACAUGGCCGCCACCAACAACCUGGUGCACUACCCUGCCUUUGACCUGGCUGCCGCCCCUUCUUCUCUCCCCUACCUGGGCAUGAAUGUGAACAUGCCCCCUGCGCCGCUGAGCUCUCUGCCCUGCCAGUCCUACUACCAGUCCCUUUCCCAUCAUGCUCAGCAGGUGUGGAACAGCCCACUGCUGCAAGCGUCGGCUGCCGGCAGCCUCAGCAGCCACAACAACAAGACCACCAGCAUCGAGAACCUGCGUCUGAGGGCCAAACAGCACGCCGCUUCGCUGGGACUGGACACCAUGUCUAACUGAAAACCAGAUGAAGGACAGUAAGAGGGAGUUUAGAGACUCGGCCAACACAUCACCCCAUCCUACUGCUUGUCUGUGUGAUUGUCAUAGCUCUUUAGGAACCAUGGAUUGGAGUCUCCUUGAGAACUUGGGUGCAGGACAUCUAAAUGUCUGAAAAUAAAACAUGCCAACAUGCACUGGACCUGCAGGAUGCCAACUUUUCAACUGAGACCACACUUGUUUGACUCCUUUAAGCUCCUGAAGCAGCUUUCAAUCCAAAACCGUAACCUUGGGGAAAAGACAAUCCCAAGAGAUAUCGAAAAAUUGCCAGAAGAACACAUUGAAGUGAAUGUUCACUUCAAAUGACAGUGAACGUAUUCUUAACUGUUUCCUGAGAAGAAGUCUGCUGGACCAUCGUAACAGCCGAAACGACUUUCAAAAAUGUUGAUGAUGCACGCACUCAAAAACAAUGCAGAUAAUGUUUACUAGAAAAAUGUGAAUAAAUGAGGCACUUUCAAAGGAUUUAGGCUCAUUAGACAGCAGGGGGAAAAGGACCACCGACAUUUCAAUUAAGCAGCAGUUAUGUACAUAGCAUGUACUACACAACAGCACAUAAAUAAAAAUACAUUUCAAGCCAUUUUGUCCUCAACAGCGUAAUUAAAAGUGACUAAUUUACCGGUUUAAUGGCCAGUAUUAUGCCACUUUGUGCGAAAGGCUGGCUGGAUAAUGAGAAAAUGAUUUCAGUGAGUAAAUUCUCAAAGCUUUUAAUUACAUUUUGCCCCAGGCUGAGGGAGUCGGGGCAGACGCAAUUAUGAACAUGAAUACCAUUUAAGACCAAAUUUAUAAAUCCCUCAAGGUCUGUGGGCUGAAACGCUCAAUAAAAGUAGACACACGCUGGGUAUCACUUUCAAAUCUGUUAAACAAUUGGGAACAUGAUGGACACUAAUGUAAACUGUUGAAUAAAUGUCUCCAUUGUUUCUGGCCUUAAAAUUCUCUUGAGGAAACAUGCAGCUUUUUCCAAUGAAAGCUCGGCCGACUGUUAGCACUUGACGAGGAGAAUCACACACCUCUCUGAUGUUUUCUGUUCAUGUGAUCUGGGAGCAACUAUGAAAAAAAAGGCACAUUAUUUUAGUUAUGUAAAAUACAAAAAAGUCUAUCUAUUAAUGUUCACUUGUAAGGUAAUUGUAAAAUUCCUAAUAUGUUGUAUAAUUGAUAACGGUUCUUUAGCUGUCAGUAUGCAAGAUUGUAUUUGCUGAGCACACCGGCAGCAUGUCUACCCUCCUCUCCUGGUUUGUCUGUGUAAUAAUACGGGUUCAAUUAACAUCCAAAUGUCUUCACUUUCUCAGCUUAAAAGAUGCAACAGAAGAAGUUUGGGUUGUUAGAAAACUGCCACUUUCUGUAUCUGAGAAACAGAUCAAUUAAGGAAAGUGAAAAUAUUUCAAGGAAUAAUUGACCCUCCUCCUCCUCCUCCUCUGUGUCCUGCUGUCUUGACUCUAUUUGAGUUCUGUUGUUGCUGUUCCCCUCUCCCCGUCUGUCAGACUCGGUCCAGUGGUAGAUAUACUGUGUGUGUAAAGGAGGAGGAAAGAGUGAGUUGACCAUCAUCAGUGUUGUUUCCUCUCUAACAAUGUAGACUUUGAACUAGUGUUGUUGUAAAAUAAUCACAAAUAAAAACAGUGAUGGGAGAUCUUUAUGAUGACUUCUCUACGUGUGCUUGUUAUGUUAUUUAUUUUAUUUGAUUAAAAAUGUUGAAUUUUAGAAGAAAAAUAAAACAAGUACCGUUAAUGAAGAGGUAUCUUUAUGUUGUUGUUAAUUCAGUGAGUAAGCAAAGUUAAAAACACAUGUUUGAACGAAUAAACAAUAAAAACUU